GGUGAAUAUAUUAGUUACUAUAAAAUGACAUAUAUUCUGAUGUUGUAUUCAAUUUUCGAAUAUUUUUAUACAAAAAUUAUGUGUUAAGUAAGAUAAUGCAGUGUUUGAAAAAACUUGCCGUUUUAAAUAAAUCACAAUAUAUAAUUAAGAGAAGGAGAGAAUUUAAUAUAUUAAAUGUCAUAUGUCAGUGUAAAUAUGAAUCUGAUGUAGCAUUUGAAUAUACGGAGAAUGAAAAAGAAAAGAAUAUCUAUGCACAGGUGUCACAAGACUAUUUAGGAACAGUUGUUGGUGGAAACAGAAUAUUUGUGAUACAACCAUAUAUUAAAUGGGGUGUUAAUAAGAAAAGGAAUACUACGCCUCAGUUGCAAUUGUCAGAGGCAAAAGCACUCGUCAGUAAUCUAACAAGUUGGAAUGUUGUUGGUGAAAAACUUGUUCCUUUACUUAGCCUUCAGAGAAAUAAGUUAGUUGGUUCAGGAGCUCUUGAGACAUUGAAACAUGAUAUUGAGAAAUGUCCACAUGUUACAGCCAUAUUUAUUAGUACAAAUUCAUUGAAAUUUGUACAAAUUGCUGAGUUGCAAAAGACUUUUAAUUUGCCAAUUUACGAUCGUUAUUCUAUAGUCAUUCAUAUUUUUCGAGAACGUGCGAAAACUCCAGAAGCAAAGUUACAAGUAGCUUUAGCUGAACUUCCAUAUGUAAAACAGAAAAUGAUUGAUUUCACUACUUAUCGCAUUGGACGAAUAAACUAUACUGAGAAAAUGAAGAACAUGCUUCAAGCUAGAGAGAAAAAAUUAAGAAAUGCAUUACAGAAAUUGAAAGAGCACAGGCAGAGAAUAAAACAGCAGAGACUCAGUUAUGGAUUUCCAACCAUUGCUAUUGUCGGCUACACAAACGCUGGCAAAACAUCUUUGAUAAAAGCAUUAACAGAUGAUGAUUCAUUGCAACCUGAGGACAAGCUAUUUGCUACUUUAGAUACAACAGUACAUCCAGGAUUACUUCCAAAUAUGUUGAAAGUAUUAUACGUUGAUACCAUUGGCUUUAUCCAAGAUAUUCCAGAAACUUUAAUAGAGCCAUUUAUAGUAACUUUAGAGGAUGCUAUGAGUGCAGAUAUUUUAGUUCAUGUGUUUGAUGUGAGUCAUCCUGAUGUUCAAGCUCAAAUUCAACACGUUCAGAAAACAAUAGAGCCUAUGAUUGAUGAAAAUAAAUUAAUAAUUAACGUCGCUAAUAAAUGUGACAUAGUAGAAAAACAUGUCGUAGAAAGCGUCAUACCAAAGGAUACGUUUACUAUUUCUGCUGUUAAAUUAACCGGCAUUAAUUUAUUACGAUCGAGAAUAGAAGAAGAAAUUACAAAUACAACGAAUUUACUAAAGAGACGAAUUAGGGUGAAAAGUGGAAGUAUAGAAGCGUCAUGGUUGUAUAAAGAAACGACAGUUCUAAAUGUUGAACCUGAUCCUAAAAAUCUACAAUAUUUGAUAAUGGAUGUAUACAUGACAGUACCUAUAUUUCAUAAAUUCAAACGAUUUUUAAAACUCACUUGAUUUAAAUAAAUUUACACAAGCAUA